AUGAUGGGUUUGUUGUCGACUAUCCGUGGCAAGAAGGAGGCAGUGAUUGGCAAUGGAAUUGGGUCAGCUCAAGUUGGACCACUGAAUGCAAAGACAAAGAAACUUGUGAUUCAAGAGUGGCCGAGAGUACUUGCUCAAUGCCCAGAGCUCUUCACUGAAAUCUGGCACAAAUCAGCGACUCGUUCCACUUCAAUCAAGUUGGCAUUCGGAAUUGCAGAGAACGAGAGUCCAAUGCAAAAUGCUGCUUUCUUGGGACUCUCCUCAACAAUUCAGGCAUUCUUCUACAAAUUGAUCAUCACUUACGAAUUGAACGACGACCAAGUCAGAGAUGCAUGUGAACAGCUGGGAGCUCGGCACGUGGAUUUCAUCUCCCGUGGAUUCAAUUCUCACUUCUGGGACAUUUUCUUGGUUUGUAUGGCAGAGAAAAUCGACGAGACAUUGUCAUCUUACAUUACUGAAGAGGACAAGAAGAACGAGAUGAUCUUGGCUUGGCAGAGAGUGGUCAACUCAAUUGUCCAUCAAAUGAGAAACGGAUAUUCGGAUCGUCGGAAGCAACAACUCGGUGGAUCGAAAACAGGCGUCAAUAAUGGAUUUUAA